AUGAGUGAGAGUGCGCGCUGCGCGUGUUUCCGCUGGCAUCGCCAUCCUCUCCGCAACCGUGCUCCGUCGCGUCACCAGAUUUCGCCGGCAGUUUCACCUCCACGCGCGUGAGAACCACCGCAGACUAUCUUGUUACGGAGAUCCUGCCAUGGCGUUCGAAGGAUUUCCUCCUUUGAUCGCCGCUCAGCUCCAUUACCUCCUCAAUCACUCUCCUGAUUCCGUCAAGAUUGAACAAGUUUGGUCCGGUAACAAGUAUAAUCCUAAGAUUCUCGAUCGCUUUAGUUUAGUUAUACCUUACUGUUUGGACACAAUCAAAUGGGAUGUUCUAUAUUAUUCGGAGUGUCCAAUGGCUCCACCGGAUGUAAUUUUUGGACCAGAUGAUGAAGAUUUUCAUCCAUGUAGUUCUGCUGCUCUUGAUGGAGGUCUAGCAGCUCCGGUAAAAAAGGUUUUCUCAGAAUGGAACAGCGAGGACUCGACACGGCUGCUUGUUCUCAUUCAGGGAUUGAGGGAUCAAUAUGCGAUUUACCAGAGAAGGCUGGUGGGGCAGGUUGACGAUGAUCGGUUGAAGUUUGAGAUUAGCACCAUAUUAUCUCGUGAGGGAAUCGAAAUGCAGCUGAUUUCAGGUGUUGACAAGCCAGAGGAGGUAAAGUUCUCUGUACAUUUAAUGAUGGACGUGAACGUAAACAAAAUGGUUGUUGGGUGUCCAUGGAAGCAUCAGCAAAAGAUAUAUCUUCAGGUCCUAUACCCAGUUGUUCGAAAGUAUGAAUCAACACCAUCGGCACCUCGGCUGAAAUUAGUAUCAUCUUCUGAUCUUAAAACAUUGUUCUCCGUUGAGGAUGUCAAACUUACUGCAUGGAUGGAUGGGAUGUGCUUAGCCGAAUAUCUACCCCAUCUUGAAGAAACCCUCGAGAGACAGGUCUUGGAAGCGGUUUCUUUAAUCAAUGUCAGAAGAAGUUUUAUCGAGGCAUUGGCACUUUUUUUCGGGAGACCUCUUGAAGCUGAUACAAUAUUCUGCAGAAAGGCUACUUUUCUUGCCGCCUCAGGGACUUUUGGUUUCCUGGUUCACUUCUUUCUUUCAACUCAAUUCCCCAAGCAGCAACCAGCUCUGAUGCUGCAGAGUUUUCAGCAUCUAAACCAAGCGGGUGUGCCAAUAAAAUCGAAUCUCACCGAUUACCCAUGGAGUCCGCGAUGGGAAGCGGCCCGCAUGGCUGAGCGGCUAUAUGAAUUCUUGACCGAUGAGGCUCUGAACUUCAAAAAAUACUGCAAUGAAGCUCAUCUCCAACCCUAGAGGCCAAGUUAUAUAUUCUCAAAGGCACCAGAGACAGAGAUUACUCUACUUCUCUGUAAGUUUCAUCCUGAUCUUAAACGGGUUUCUUUCAGCAUUAUGUAAAUCGAAACCUUGGAUAUGCUGAAUGCUCUUCUUUUCGUGAUAGAAUUACUUUGCGAUGCAAUGGGGGAUAUCCGCCUUUUGUUUGA